AAAUCGAUUCUGUUAUGUCAAACAGAAAAGUCCUGUGAAAAGCUUCUCGUGUUGCUUUUCGGUUGAAGUUUACAAAGAUUCCAUUACUGAGUGUUUUGGCUCGACAAUGUUUGCCUAAAUUUGUCGGGAUAAAGCUAUUUCAACGUUAGUCGAAAAUUUCUUCCCCUGAACGUUUUGAACAAUUUUAUAUCGUGGCGUCGGAAAACGGCCUCAAAACGCAAAGCUCUAGGGUUUACCCGAGUCCGGGGGCAGCCCGGAGAAGUGUAUGGGCUCUACCCCUGACUGCAAGCUGUAACAUGGUUGCAGAGGAGAGUAAUCAUACCGAAGAGGAAGCAUCACCGACGGAAGAAAAAGAUUGCAACAUGUUGUGUUGUUCGGAUGGCACAGAAAUGAUGAUUAGCGUUGAAGAGAUAUUUGAUAUUGUCAAAAAUGGUGAGGUGGUCGAUCUUGAGAAUUUGAUCGAGAAAUUUGGAUUGGAGACGCUCUGUGCCCGAGACAAAAAUGGUUACUCAAUGGCACACUGGGUUGCACUGGAUGGCAAUGUUGAGAUGAUGAGGUAUUUAGUCGAACGUAAUGCUCCAAUCGAUCUGCGUUGUCUUGGUAUCCAAGGACCUCGACCUAUUCAUUGGGCAUGUAGAAAAGGACACGCCUCUGUUGUUCAGGUUCUACUACAGGCGGGCGUUUGCGUGAACGCUGCAGAUUUGAAAGGCUUAACACCACUAAUGACUGCUUGCAUGUAUGGUCGUACAGCAACGGCUGCCUAUCUUCUCGGUAUGGGAGCCCAGAAUGGACUAACCGACAUCAACGGAGAUACGGCAUUGCAUUGGGCCGCAUAUAAAGGACACCCAGAUCUAAUGAAGCUGUUGAUGUAUUCAGGCGUUGAUCUACAAAAAACUGAUAACUUUGGUUCGACGCCCUUGCAUUUGGCUUGUUUAUCGGGAAAUUUGAUGUGCGUUCGAUUGCUCUGCGAAAAGAAUAACUUCGACCUGGAACCGAAGGACAAGAAUCAAAAGACACCACUGAUGUUAGCACAGAGUCACCGGCAUAACGACGUUGUUAAAAUGCUGUACACCGUUAUCAAAAAGCGUUCGCGUUGGAUGCCACCGCUGUCGGAACUAUGGGGACUUUUGUUCGGAGGAGCAGGCAACAGCAAAGGACCAUUGUUGCUGUUCACAUGCUCCGUUUUAUUGUGGGGAUAUCCAAUGUACAUGAUACGGGUGAUACCGAAAACAUGGAACAUUCUUCGCAGAUCUCACUAUUGCUUCAUUUACUUCAACAUCGUCAUGUGGAUCAGUUGGAUCAUUGCCAACCGAAGAGAUCCGGGCCACUUGCCUUUGAAUUCCGAUCAGUACUACAGAGCCAUCAAGCAAAUUCCCUACUACGAAAAAUGGAAAAAACGAAACCUCAUUUUGACCAGAUUAUGCCACAGUUGUCGUUGUCUGAGACCGCUCAGAGCGAAACAUUGUCGGGUGUGUAACAGAUGUGUGGCUUAUUUCGAUCAUCACUGUCCGUUCAUAUACAAUUGUGUGGGACUACGAAAUCGCUUGUGGUUCUUCCUCUUUGUAUUGAGCGUAGCGAUAAAUUGCUCGUUUACCAUUUACUUCGCUUGUUACUGUGUCAUGAUGGAAGGAUUCACUUUGUUAUAUCUAUUGGGCUUAGUCGAAGCGUUCUCGUUCUGCGGACUUGGCUGGAUACUAACAUGCACUUCGAUUCUACACGCCUGCAUGAAUCUAACCACCAACGAAAUGUUCAACUACAAACGCUAUCCCUAUUUGCGUGACAAACGUGGCCGUUACCAGAAUCCGUUUUCUCGUGGUCCCGUUUUGAAUUUAUUCGAGUUCUUUGUUUGCUUGCCCGAUCGAGUCGACGACAAUGAGCUGAUGGUCGAUGAGAACAUUUGAAAACUACCUGCGGCCCCAUGAUGUUCGAAACGAAGCAAUUCACGCGCAUGAAAUUUUCACUUUUUUUAAUGAACGAUCCGAUGGGUAUGGCAAAGAUUUAGUGUGGACUACAACGCAGGGGAUAAUUUAGAGAAUUAAAUUCCUGAAAAUAGGCCCUGCUACAACUUGUGGAAAAUUCAAGCUAUUGGAUUCGAUUUUUUCGUAUAGGAAAGAAUUCUGAAUAUGAUUUAGUGAUGAUAUAGCAAUACCCUCUCUAGCAACCAAAUUAGGAAAAGGUGGUAAAACUAUACAGUGUAUCCUGUCAUAGAAAAUUUUACACUUUUAAAAGUAAAUUAAAUGAAGUAUGAGCAGCGAUGUUCUUUUUUGUGUUGAAAAUAUUACGUCUCCUGUUACCAUUUUGUUGUUCGAAAAUGAAUAAUUUGUGAUUUUGACGUCUUUUUAUGUGUGCUCAGUCAUUUUGGUGUGGAAAAAUGAAGUUUAAAAUUCGUCGUUUUCGUGUGACGUCGAUAUUGCUUUAAAAAAGAGCGCGGCACGGCAACUCUAUUACAAAAAAGUCAGUGUCACAUUUGUCAAAAGGUGGUAUUUUGACUGCGUCGUUUGUUUGCUAGAGAGGGUAUUGGAUGUAGCGAUAGCAGAUCUUGGGUCAGGUGACAGUUUCAUUUUUUUAAAAUCCCUGACGACUUCUCCGAACUAAAAUGU